AUGUCGUACUUCCCGGAGCUCUACUUCAAUGUGGACAAUGGCUACCUGGAGGGACUGGUGCGCGGCCUGAAGGCCGGGGUGCUCAGCCAGGCGGACUACCUCAACCUGGUGCAGUGCGAGACGCUCGAGGACCUGAAGCUGCACCUACAGAGCACUGACUACGGCAACUUCCUGGCCAACGAGGCAUCACCGCUGACAGUGUCAGUCAUCGAUGACCGGCUCAAGGAGAAGAUGGUGGUGGAGUUCCGCCACAUGAGGAACCACGCCUAUGAGCCACUCGCCAGCUUCCUGGAUUUCAUUACUUACAGCUACAUGAUUGACAACGUGAUCCUGCUCAUCACGGGCACGCUGCACCAGCGCUCUAUCGCCGAGCUGGUGCCCAAAUGCCACCCGCUCGGCAGCUUUGAGCAGAUGGAGGCCGUGAACAUUGCACAGACACCCGCCGAGCUCUACAAUGCCAUCCUGGUGGACACGCCCCUGGCGGCUUUCUUCCAGGACUGCAUCUCAGAGCAGGACCUCGAUGAGAUGAACAUCGAGAUCAUCCGCAACACGCUCUACAAGGCCUACCUGGAGUCCUUCUACAAGUUCUGCACCCUGCUGGGCGGGACCACGGCCGAUGCCAUGUGCCCCAUCCUGGAGUUUGAAGCAGACCGCCGCGCCUUCAUUAUCACCAUCAAUUCCUUCGGCACGGAGCUGUCCAAGGAGGACCGUGCCAAGCUCUUUCCGCACUGUGGGCGGCUCUACCCGGAGGGCCUAGCGCAGCUGGCUCGGGCUGAUGACUACGAGCAGGUUAAGAACGUGGCCGACUACUACCCGGAGUACAAGCUGCUCUUUGAGGGUGCAGGCAGCAACCCUGGAGACAAGACCCUGGAGGACCGCUUCUUCGAGCAUGAGGUGAAGCUGAACAAGCUGGCCUUCCUCAACCAGUUCCACUUCGGCGUCUUCUACGCCUUCGUGAAGCUCAAGGAGCAGGAGUGUCGCAACAUCGUGUGGAUCGCCGAAUGCAUUGCCCAGCGCCACCGCGCCAAGAUCGACAACUACAUCCCCAUCUUCUAA